AUGUCUCAAAGGGCCUCGCCCGUAUCUGCCACCGCUACGUCACCAAGGCCGAGAUUGGCCGUCAAGCGAGCUCACGACCCCCCCAGGAAUCAGGACGGAAACAUUUUCUGCGACCACCCGGACUGUCGUGGUGAUCCUCCGGUCUUUCGCCGCCCUUGUGAAUGGAAUAAGCACAUGGACAAACAUGAUCGGCCAUACAAGUGCAAUGACCCUGACUGUGCAAAGUUGCCGGGCUUUACGUACUCUGGUGGCCUGCUCCGGCACCAGCGUGAAGUGCACCGGAUGCACACGCAGGGGAAGAAGUUAAUGUGUCCUUACUCUGACUGCAACCGAAGUUCCGGUAAGGGUUUCACGAGACAAGAAAACCUGAAAGAGCAUAUCCGCCGUCUUCACAGGUCUGAAGACCUUCCUCUUGCACUCAACAACACCACCUUACCGCCUCUCUCCCGAACUUCUUCUAGCACUAUUAUUAUUGCGGGGAUAUCAGCCCCAGUCACUAUUCCGUCUGUGGUUAAUGACCCUCGGGUCUUGCCCCCUAUCUCACUACCUGUGCACCAUCCACCGAAACGGAAGAGGACCUCCGCCACGUCUUCAGUAUAUGUAUCUGAAGAAGAGGAGCGCCUCGAAGUGCGUGCAUUACGCGACGAGUGUCUCAUCUACGCGCGAGCUAGAAUACAAAGGCUGCCAAUAGAUGAAUUAAAAAGAGAAUGGGCGAACUACGACGACUACUUCGUGAUCCAUGAUUCCUAA